UGAUAGUGGUCGUGAUAACAGAUUGAAGAAUUAAUUCCAAAAUAUAUCAAAACCCUUUCAUUUUGUAACAGAAACCUGUUACCUAAAAUCUCCUGCUGUUACUGUGUCCUUACUAGUUAACAAUACGUGAGAAUUUUCGUAGCGAGCUAUUAGAAAAAUCUAACAUGAGUCAACUAUUUUUGAGUCCAGAGCAUGUGCUGCAGGGGGGCUAUUUCCACCCCACACUUCGUCGGCUUCAGGAGCCCGACACCAGCAUCGAACCCCACAAUCUUAUGUACCCCAUAUUCCUUCUAGAGAAUGAUGAUGCAGUGCAGCCGGUGGCAAGCAUGCCCAAUGUGUACCGCUACGGCAUCAACCAGCUCAUGGUGGCCCUCAAGGAACUGGUGGCCAAGGGACUCAAGAGUAUCCUCAUCUUUGGCAUCAUUGAAAAGUUGGAAAAGGACCCCAAGGGCACAAAUGCAGAUUCACCAGACAACCCAGUGGUGAAGGCCCUACCAAGGAUCCGGGCAGCCUUCCCAGACCUCCUCAUUGCAGUGGACGUGUGCCUCUGUCCGUACACCUCGCAUGGACACUGUGGGGUGCUGAGCCCUAAUGGAGCCAUCGACCAUGCCGCUUCCGUCAAGAGAAUUGCUGAAGUCUCAUUGACUUAUGCUAAAGCAGGUGCCCAAGUGGUUGCGCCAUCGGACAUGAUGGACAACCGGAUAAAGGCGAUCAAAGACGCGCUCGUAGCCAACAAACUACAGAAUCAGGUGUCAGUGCUGUCCUACUCGUGCAAGUUCGCGUCGUCGAUGUACGGUCCGUUCCGGGACACCAUGAAGAGUUCGCCCAUGGCCGGAGACAGGAAGUGCUACCAGCUGCCGCCGGGAAGUGCUGGGCUGGCCGCGCGAGCUGCUGCGCGUGACGUGGCGGAGGGUGCCGACUUCCUGAUGGUGAAGCCGGGGCUGCCCUACCUGGACAUCGUGCGCCAAACCAAGGACCGCUACCCCGCGCACCCGCUCUUCAUAUAUCAGGUGUCGGGCGAGUACGCCAUGAUCUGCAAGAGCGGCGACGGCGCCGAGCUCUACUCCGUGCUCAUGGAGACGCUCACCUGCAUGCGGCGAGCUGGAGCGGACUGCAUCAUCACUUACUUCGCUCCGUUGAUCCUGGACAUCAUUGCUGAGAAGAAGUAAAGAGAAGGAUACAAGGCAAUGAUUUGACUCGUUUGGUGCUCACGUCACAAGAUUCUGUUACAUUAUAUACUUAGGUAUCCAAGUUUUCUGGAACUUUCUAGAAUGAUCUAUUUAUAUUUCUAUGAAAAAUCUAAUUACUCGGCAUGGUUUAAGGUUCCAUAAAUUAAGACUGUUAGAUUAGUCAAAUUAUAUAUUGUACAGGAUUAGUUGUAAAAAUUGUUGCUAUACUUUUGUUAUUGAAUUUGCUUUUGUUAAUAUAUUAUACCUUCCUAAAUCAAUCAAUGUAAUCAUGUGUUAAUGUUUAUAUAUACCUAUGUAUAAGUAAGUACCUAUAUAAGUUUUAAUGGUUUACCUACUUAGUUUGUUGAAGUAAUGAAUGGUGAAGGAGAUUGAAUAAAACAAGAUGUAAAAUUUAA